ACCAGAGUGUGGCACCAUACAUGAUGUAGCCUCUAUUUCAGCAAGUAACAUGGCUUUACAGUGAAAUACUCAAAAUUGUUGGUCACUUGCAUGUUCUUAAUUUUCUGGAGAUGGAAAGCUCGUUAAUUUGUACAUGAUCCAACCAAUUUUACUGUGGUCUAUAUAUUAAGUCCUAUCCAUGUUUGGAAUCCUUGAUUACUGCAACUGGGCAUGAUUGAACCAUUGCCUGAUCUUUAGAGUAGAGUAAAUGGCAGUUGUGUAAUCUAGACAUAAAAUUUUAAAGUUUAUCCAACACGUAAAUAUUAGUUCAUCACAUUUAUCAUACAGUUGAGUUUCGUGAUACACCCGAGUUUAACGUCGUUAGUUAAAUCGUCAUGGCAGACCUUGCUAACUUAGUUUCAAGGUUGGAAGCAGUUACCCUCCGUCUGGAGAAAUGUGGAGCUGGUGGGGGUAGUGCAGCUUCUGCUGCCGACGAUGAUGACGAUUAUGAUACCGUGGAUGCUAUUGUCGACUUCCAGGCGGUUCUGGAUAAAGCUGAUGCUGUUGUAGAAGCUGCAAAAGAUCUUCCUAAGGACGUUCUGGAAAUUUCGAAUCUCCUGAAGCUGGUUGUUCUGAAAAACAAAGAGUUUCUGAGGGUCUCAGUUCGUGCUAAGGCCUGUUUACCGGCUGACAUUCCAAUUGUGAUGAAACCCAUGAACGAGGCUAUCACCCAAAUUGGAACAUACCGAGACACGAACAGGGCCAGCAGGCAGUUCAACCAUCUCUCAGCAGUGAGUGAGGCAAUCCCGGCAUUCGGGUGGGUCUGUGUUGCACCUCGUCCUAUUGAUUACAUGAGCGAGAUGAUAGGGGCUUCCGACUUUUACAUCAACAGGAUUCUCAGGGACUUCAAGGAUACGCCGGGACACAAGGAGUGGAGCCAGAAAUUAAAGCAGCUGUUUACCGCAUUGAAAGAGUACGUUACCAACAACCACAAGAAGGGCGUACAAUGGAAUCCUAACGGAGGUGACGCCAAGGAGGUGGCAGCUAAGAUAUACGGAGGCGGAAGUGCCGCUCCUAAAGCGCCUGCAGCUCCCCGAGCGCCCCCAAGCGCCCCCGCACCGCCUCCCCCACCGCCAGCAGGUGCUAAACCCAAGGCUGGUGCACCCUCCGCUGGUGGCGGUCUCUUUGCUGAGAUCAACAAAGGGGCUGACGUUACUAAAGGAUUAAAGAAGGUAUCAAAAGACCAGAUGACGCAUAAGAACCCAGGCCUAAGAGGGUCCAGUGUUGUAAAGGAUGCUGAUCUUAACAAGAACAAGAAGGCAGCUACUCCUGCUAAGAAGGCUGCUGGACCUGUUUCUAGACCUCCCAAACUAAAGUUGGAGGGCAAGAAAUGGAGCUGCGAAUACCAAAACGGCGUGCAGGACAUUGUUAUUGAUGCCCAAGUUACCCAGUCUCUCUACAUUUUCAGAUGUGAGAACUCUGUCAUCACCGUCAAAGGGAAGAUAAACUCCAUUACUCUUGAUAAUUGCAAGAAGACUGGCAUUGUUGUGGAUUCGCUGGUCGCUAGUUUGGAUGUCGUCAACUCCAACAGCAUCAAAGUCCAGGUUAAUGACAAGGCGCCCAUAGUGAAUAUUGAUAAGACAGACGGCUGCCAAGUGUUUGUCCAGAAGGCCACUGGACUCGCCACAGAGUUUGUGACUGCCAAAUCAUCUGAAGUUAACAUAUGCCUCGUUGAAGAAAACGGCGAAUAUAAUGAGUCGUUCGUCGCGGAGCAGUUCCUGACCAAAUAUUGUGACGGAAAGUUCGUCACUGAACUCUACGAAGUGUGCGGAUAAAGUGCCUCAUCUCCGUUACUCAUUAAAACAAGAUGAUGUAACCCAGAACUGCAUGCAUAAUAUGCAGUGAUUUAGUUAUAUAUUUUUGGGAAUCAGCUCUGAUUCUAAACCAUAUUAAGAUUCGGAGUUUUUAAAACAUUUUGAUAUGAAUUUUGUCUGACCAAAGCUUACUGCUGUCAUGACGCGGAACGUAGAAUUUUCUUUUGGAAAAAUAAUGGUUUGAUCAUAUGGUAUAAUAGCAAACGUAUAAUUUUACUGAUUUCUUUCAAUUCACGCUUUUUAUGUUUUUGUAAAGUACAAUAAUUUCCUUAUUGAGAUAUAUGUAAUCUUCGAUUGUAAUAUGUAGCAAUAUUUUGCUUUUGUGAAUAUUUAGAA